AUGGCCAAGGAUGACGAUUAUCCCGAUCUGACUGAAGGUGAAGGUGGGGCUGAUCCCGCUGCUGUGGACGACGAUGACGUAGAGCCAUUCUCGGUGGAGGAAGAUGCAGCUGAUGUGCGAAAGAAGAUGAUGGGGCAGAAGUGGUCUUUGCGAAAGACUGCGCACUGGGCAUGGCGAGAGGAGCUGUUGGAAAGGGUUGGCCAGGAGCAUCCUGAUGCGAAGGAUCAAGUUGAGAAAUUGGUCUGGUAUACCAAGGCAUUUGUAGAUAAAUGGCAUGACCUGACUGACGAGGAGCAAGAUGAACUGAAAGUGCUUGCUGCGAAGAAGACGGAGGAGUCGCAGAUGGAUCGAGCUGGGCAAAUUGCCUAUGCUCAAAAGCAUCUUGGCAGGAUGGGUGAAGACUUCAUCCAGACUGUGGAGACAAAGAUGGGAGGAAAGGUUCUCAUCCUCCUGGCCUUGCCGACAGAGAAGCCCAUGCAGAUUUGGUGCACCAAGCUUCAGUCACCUGAUACUGGUGACUUUCUGAAGUUCACCAACUCUGUCGAUGACUGGCAGAAAGAUUUGUGGAAGAAGUGGGGGAUGUGGGCAAUGAAUGUUAUGAUUCCUGAUGAGCUUAAGGAUAAUGAUGCUGAAGAAGAGGAUGAAAUCGCACUCACCGACGUGCAGCACGAGAUCGAUGAUGAUGGCAAUGCCAUCAUUCCUGCAUUUGAGGAGACGUGGAAGCUGACUCAGAAGUGUCAUUUGGUCCGGGCCAUUGUGACUCACCAGCAUCGAAAGAUUGUUGAUUCCAAGCACAGCGUGGUCUUUGCCGAACCUUGGAACAUCGGUGUUGACAACAUCGAUUUGCUCCUCAAGCACUGGGCGAAUCGACAGGCUAUUGGCUCAGUUGCUUUCCAAUUUCUUGUAGCAGCUGGUGGAGGUGAUGCCGUGAAGCCCAGGGGAAAAAAGCAGAAAGACGUCACUGAUAUGAAUGUUGGCGAUUCGGCAGAUGAAGGGGACCAGGACGACAACGAUAAUGAGGUGGAGGUCGGAGUCAAUUGUCACACGAAGGGCAAAGGCAAGCAGCCUGCCAUGAGGACGAAGCAUGUUCCCCCACAUUCUGAGGAGGAGUUCGACUUGGAUAAUGUUUCUAGCGGCGAGGAUGACUCAGUGGGGGUAAAGACGAAGGCUGCGAUGAACAAGGCCAAGUCGACGCACACCGCCAAUACUGCCUAUGAUGAGGAGGGAUGGCAGCCAUUUUCUGCACAGGAUCUUGUCAAUGUUCCUCGGACGGGAGACGCGAGUUCAUCUGGAGUUGCUGGUGCUCCGGCAGCAAUUGCACAUGCAAGGAAACUUUAUCCGAGGAUCGCCAAUCACCCGGAAGAUAUUAUUCUGUGGCCCAGGUCAAUGAUGGUUGAUGCCGACUGGUAUGAGCACGAUGUUAGCAGAAUUGUGAUCCCUCUGCCAGCAUUUUCACUUCCAGAUCCCGCUGAAAAUGAUGCGGCAGAGCUAGAGUGGGUUGACUGCCAGAAGGCGAUUUUACUGACAAUGUCUGCCCGAUUCCAAGGCUUCAGGAUACUCGACCUCGAACAUAUCGUUCAGCGACCAUCAAUGGCACGGUUGGAUAAUCCGGGACGUUUCACUCCGCGGUUGCUGGCUGACGACACCGCUGCUAUUCCUGAAGAAUAUGUAAAGGUGUGGAAAUAUGAGCCUGGAGUAUGGCAAGCUAUCAAGCAUCCUCUUUGA